GUAAGGUGUCGGACCCAUCCGACGCGGGCACAGUCGCACGGGCGACUCGGCGGUGCAGGCACGGGGCUCAGGUGUACACCGGACACCCGCGAGCUGCUCGCUGCGCCCUCCCGCUCCCCCGACAUGGUGUUCCUCAGGGCGCCCCCCAUGCUCUUCCUGGCGAUGCUGGCGGCCGUCGCGGUGGGCUCCCCGGGUGCACGGCUCAGCCCCUCGACACGGCAGCAGGGCUCGCCCCCUCUCGGCGCCCCCGCCGGCCCUGGGCCCGCCCCUGUGCCAGCUGCGCCGAGGGCACCGAGGGGCAACGCGACGGCGCCGCCGCGGGGCAGCGCGCCCCCGCCCCCGGCGCCGCGUGCCGUGCGCGCCCCGCUGCAGCCGCCGCGUAGGGAGAAGAUCAUCUUCGCCGAGGAGUUCAACAAGCUGGACCCCGCCGUGUGGUCGCAUCUGGUCACCGCCUGGCGGGGAGGCAACCAGGAGUUCCAAUACUACAGGAACGACCGCCGCAACAGUUACGUCCGCGGAGGCGUGCUCUACCUGAGGCCGACCCUCACCGCCCGGGAAUAUGGCGACGCCUUCCUCUACACGGGCAAGAUGUACUACCCAGACUGCAACUUCGAACCGUGUGUGUCCGCCUCCGGAGCGGACAUCGUUCUUCCCAUCCAAUCGGCGCGCAUCCACACCAGCGCGUUCAGCUUCCGUUACGGUCGCCUUGAAGUGCGCGCCAAGCUGCCUCGCGGGGACUGGAUAUGGCCAGCGAUCUGGCUCAAGCCCGCGACCAACGCGUACGGCCGCUGGCCCGCCUCGGGCGAGAUGGACCUCGUGGAGUCGCGCGGCAACGCCAACCUCAAGCAGAUCUCCACGGGGGAGCCGCUGGGCGUCCAGAAGGUCGGCGCGACGCUGCACUUCGGACCCAACAGCUCGUACAACAUCUGGCGACUCACGCACUGGGAGAAGAUCCUGGAGCGAGGGGACUUCGCGGACGACUUCCACGUGUUCGGCAUGGAGUGGUCGCCGGUCGGGUUCCGCUUCACGGUCGACAACGAGGAGAUCGGGAGGAUGGCGCCACCCCAGGGGGGCUUCUGGGACCUGGGCGGCUUUGACUCGAACCCCGGCGGCCCGAACAUUUGGGCCAACGGAACCCAGUUGGCACCCUUCGACAAAAAGUUCUACAUCAUCCUGAACGUGGCGGUGGGCGGCACGUUCUUCCCCGGCGGCAUGGUCAACUCGCCCUUCCCGCGGCCGUGGAACUGGACCUCGGGACACCCGCUGCGCGAGUUCUGGGAGCACCGCGGCUGGUGGCUGCCCACCUGGAAGGCCGAGCACACCGCCAUGCAGGUGGACUACGUGCGGGUGUACCAGACCGUCACGUGAGGUCCCAGGGCCCGCCUGGCGGCGACGCAGCGGAACCAUGCGAAACAAACCCCCCCGUGACUCGAGUCCCCAUGGGACCACAACGUGCUUCUCGUCAUUUUCUGUUCGUUUGACGGGUCGUAUUGACGAUGACCGCCACCACGCUGACGACACGGACAACCUAUAGGACAACUUUGAGCUCGGCGGCGCAGAGAGCUGAACGCUGGGGGGCGCGCUGCGCGCAGGGGGUGAAGGGGCGCGGGUAAAGAGCCUCAGAGUGAAAGAGUCGCAUGGGUCACGUGACUUGCUCGAUUCUGAUUGGUUUGGUUCAACUGGGGCGAAAAACGCGCGGGAUAAUUUUUCAUACUUAGCAGAAGGCCCCGCUUCGCCAAAUACGUGAUAUUACAUUUGUCUGUUUGACUAAUUUCACUUUGCUAAACGAAAAAUAUAAACGAAAUAAUACUAUUUUUCAAUUUAAAAUAGGCUACAAACAAUUGCGAGCUUUCGAUCGAUUAGUUAAUCCAUAAAUAUUUGUGGAUUAAAAAUCGCUUCCAGCAUGGCUGCUCCGGCUCGGCACCCGAGCAUGCAGGUUAGAUCACAAUGUUAUCUAUUUUCAUUCGGGAUUACAUUAGUAAUGAGACUGGCUGAGUGUUAAAAAGUAUUCCUGAGUAUUAAUAUAUACUUUUUUUGAUAAUUAUUUUAAGUCAAUAUUCGUCUUUUAUCCUAAGAGCUUAAUUGUAAAAUGGUCAUAGUUUAAAUGCGCGCCUAAACAGUUGACGACUACACGGUAU